CUCAAAACGCGUCGCUAACCGCUGGCUAACAACGUUUAAUGCUAAAGAAAAAAAAGUGAAAUCAUAUAAUAUCGGUGUAAAAAUACAGAAAUAAAUCUGAAAAUUAAAUCCCCGGAUAUCCCCUUUAGAAAAAGUGUGAAAAUGUGGAGAAACUAACAGGAAUACUAUGAAGCAUGCUGUGAAACUUGGCCAAGAUAAACUCGUUUGCACCAAUACACAUGUGUUUAUACAUACGUAUAAGGGCAACGCAAAAUACUCAGGCUCCAGAAGCCAGCAAUUAAAAAAGAAGUUAGUCAGUUAGCGUCUGGGCCGCGUUACUGGUGUAUGAAUCAUACUUUGGAUACCUUUAAAAAUAACAAAACAAACGCCUUCCAAGCAGGAAAGAGUUGUAACAGUGAUUCGAUCAAACUUAACGGAGAGAGCUCGCUAAAAACCCAAAUAGCCAUAACAAAUAAAUUAAUCACACGUUAUAAAAUACCUCAAAUGUCGGUGAGGAAGUUAAGUGCCCUAUCGCUCUCCAUUGGUGGAGCUCCGCUGAUCCCAAGUUUUUCCUUGGUAGCUGCUGCAAAUGGAGAGAGUAAGGAUUGUCAUGGCUCGAUCUGCCAUCCGGUCAAUGAAUUUUGCUAUGUUGCAACGGAGAGCUGCCAUCCGUGCACCGCGGUCUGUAAUAACGAAACCCACAACUACGACGGGUUUCUGUGCGCCAAGGAAUGUUCAGCAUACAAGACAUUCGAGCCGUUGAAAGCGGAGAUGCUGGACAUCCAAAAUACCCAGCAGCUGAUCCUCCUGCUGCUAACUAUCCUUCUCGUCCUGAUUGCGCUUCGCUGCGCGUUCCAGUUCCUUCGGUGGCUGAUAAGCAACCGGUGCUUCCAGAAGCUGUUGCGCCGUCUCCAAUCGAAGGCCUACCCGCAUCCGGCAACUGCAAAUGGAAAGGAUCUCAAUGCUACCACCAUACAGAACCUGAAUGCCAUUAACCAUCCUGGCAGCGACCUUGAGCGAGCGCAAUCACAGAUCUACAGUGUGGCAGGUGCCGCCGAGGGGUCCGUUGUGACUAUGACAACGCCGGUGAGCACUCGCUAUCCGGCGGAAAACAGCACCACGCCCACAACGGUUAUGACGGAGAUCGGAUAUGGAUACGACAAUCAGGCCAUGGUCGUAACGCCAGUUUCUGAGAAACCCUCACCAGCGACAGUUGCCGUCGCCUUCUAAGGCCAUACAAGUACUUAAAAACUCUUAUUUCUAAAUCAGUCCAGCGAAAGCAAAAUGUGCACCACAUUGAAACUAGUGAUAUUCUCCUAAGUUGUUAAGCAAAAAGUCUUUUUUGACAUGUUAUACAUAAACAUAUUUGUAGGUUGUAGGCGUAAUUUACAAACAGGAUUAAAUGUGUUGAUUUAUACAUGGAACAUGUUUAAUAAACCCAUGCGGCCUUAAAUACUUAUAUUCGAUCUGUAUGAAAUUGUUAAUUAAGGAAUUAUACAUAUUAUUUUAACUAAUGGAAUGUUCAAGAAUACCUUAUUUUACUAUAUUCCUUUAAAAAACAAUAAUACAACAUCACAUGAACGAAGAUUAAUGUUUAUAGCUGUUAAGAAACAUAUUCAUUAUGAUAAAGUUAUUAUCAUGCUACAUUUCGUAUGUGGAAAAGUUUUGUAACAUUGUAACCACACUCCCAUCCGGUUUAAAUGGUAUCGAAUGCAAGACCUAAAAAAUAUUUGAAUUUUGAAAUAAAACAAGGAAUUACGCUUAAA